CUUAGUCCUCCGCCGCUUCCCCUCUUGUUUCCUCUUUCCGGCGCUCGGUGUGCGAGAGGCAGGUCGGGACUGCCAGGCAGCGAGCCGCUGUGCCACCGGGCGCUCACCAGAGGACCCCGAAAGCUACCGUUCCCCAGUCGGGCAGCGUGGGCACCAUGAACAGCGUGGGACUGAAUGCGGAGAAGGUAUCAGCUCUGAUUCACAAACUGAAUUCCGACCCUCAGUUCGUACUCGCCCAGAAUGUCGGAACCACCCAUGACCUGCUGGACAUCUCUCUGAAGAGGGCCACGGUACAGGGCACUCAGCAUGUGUUCCAGCACGUCGUGCCUCAGGAAGGCAAGCCGGUCACCAACCAGAAGUUAUCAGGGCGAUGCUGGAUCUUUUCUUGUCUGAACGUUAUGAGACUUCCUUUCAUGAAAAAAUUAAAUAUUGAAGAAUUUGAGUUUAGUCAGUCUUAUCUUUUUUUCUGGGACAAGGUUGAACGCUGUUACUACUUCUUAAAUGCUUUUGUGGACACAGCCCAGAAAAAGGAGCCUGAGGAUGGUAGGCUGCUGCAGUAUUUGCUAACAAAUCCUGCAAAUGAUGGUGGACAAUGGGAUAUGCUUGUCAAUAUUAUUGAAAAAUACGGCGUUAUUCCUAAGAAAUGUUUCCCUGAAUCUCAUACAACAGAGGCAACCAGAAGAAUGAAUGAUAUUCUGAAUCACAAGAUGAGAGAAUUCUGUAUACGACUACGGAACCUGGUACACAGUGGAGCAACCAAAGGAGAAAUCUCUGCCAUGCAGGAUGCCAUGAUGGAGGAGGUAUUCCGAGUGGUAUGCAUCGGUUUGGGUAAUCCACCAGAGACAUUCACCUGGGAGUAUCGAGACAAAGAUAAAAAUUAUCACAAGAUUGGGCCCAUAACACCCUUGGAGUUUUACAGGGAGCAUGUCAAGCCUCUCUUCAGUUUGGAAGAUAAGGUUUGUUUAGUGAAUGACCCUCGGCCCCAGCACAAGUACAACAAACUUUACACGGUGGACUACUUAGGCAAUAUGGUUGGAGGGAGAAAAACUCUCUAUAACAACCAACCCGUUGACUUCUUGAAAAAGAUGGCUGCUGCCUCCAUCAAAGAUGGAGAGGCUGUAUGGUUUGGCUGUGAUAUUGGAAAAUACUUCAGUGGCAAGCUGGGCCUCAGUGACAUGAAUAUCUAUGACUAUGAAUUAGUGUUUGGUGUCUCCAUGAAGAACAUGAAUAAAGCAGAGAGGCUGACUUUUGGUGACUCACUUAUGACCCACGCCAUGGCCUUCACUGCCGUCUCAGAGAAGGAUGAUCAGGAUGGUGUAUUCGUGAAAUGGAGAGUGGAGAAUUCGUGGGGUGAAGACCAUGGCCACAAAGGUUACCUGUACAUGACCGAUGAGUGGUUUUCUGAGUAUGUUUACGAAGUGGUGGUGGACAAGAAAUAUGUCCCUGAAGAGGUGCUAGCUGUGUUCGAGCAGGAAGCCAUUGUCCUGCCAGCCUGGGACCCCAUGGGGGCUUUGGCCAAGUGAUAUUGCCUCCAGUUCUUUCCUCCUCCCGUGGAACCUGAAGUCGCUGCAAAGGACAGGUCCAGGAACUGAAGCCAAAGUUACACAGGUGACUGUGUGUGCCCACAGGACACAGUCAGACUCUUGGAGUUCUACUCCAGGAACCUCUCAGAGAAGUGUGCUUUAUGUUGAAACAAAAUAUUCUUAAAAUAAAAGGGAAAGGCCGGGUCAUAUUAUCUCUUCUCCUCACCUCCAGCAGCUCAGGAUCUCUUAGUGUUUUAAUCAGAUGUAAUUGUUUGUCUUAACUCUCAAAAAGGUUUGGUUCAAGCGAUUUAGUAUGGAGAGAAAACAAACCUAAUGCUCCUUGUCCCUAGAGUAGAGUUGGGGGAGGGUUACCCUAAGAUUUGACCUCUCAAAACUGCAUGCUGCCUGGCAGUACACACUGUCCUUCCUAGAUGGCAGUCACUGAAUUCAGUUUUUUCAAGGCGAUUUUAUGUGCCUCGAAUAGCCCAGGAAUGGGAGGUUGAUCAAGUCUGACGUGAUUCCUUCCUCUUGUUUUGAACUGGGGGGAGCAUAGCUCUACUUGAGUCGGGGUUAAGUAGAGACUCAGAGAAACUUGGGUGAGAGAUCAACCAAAACUUUAUCAUAAUCUGAAUUAUAAUUACCAGGAGGCGCUCUGGCCAAAUGGUUUUAACUUCGGCCUCUGAAAUUGGGAGUUGGGUGGGCAGGGAAAGGUGAUACCCAUUCUUUCUGACAACUAGAUGGUGCUGAGAAGCUUUUAAAUAAAACACUUUGCUA